CGAAGCCGCGACGAAAAACUUGCGACUUUCUUCUCCCAUGGCGAUGACUUCAGUUCUUUCCUCAAUUCGUCUCUUGUUUUCCCUUGCUGAUUACUGAGGUUAUCUCCGAAAUCCUUAUCGUAACGUGUGCUUUGUUUGAUGGAGACUGACUCUAUUGAGGCCAACGGCGGUUGUGCUGUGGAUCUCCGGCGAAUUCGCCGGUUGAGAUGCUCCGUGAAGGAUUACGAUUGGGGAAGGACGGGUUCGGACUCGCUCGUCGCCAGGCUCCACUCGACGAACUCAGGUGCCCAGAUCGACUCGACCCGGCCAUACGCCGAGCUCUGGAUGGGGACCCACGGGUCCGGUCCGAGUUACUUGGCCGAUGGGUCAAAUGGCAUGACCCUUAAAUCGUGGAUAUCUGAGAACCCUAAAUCUCUCGGAAAUAGGGUUUUGGAGAAAUGGGGUUGCGAUCUCCCGUUUUUGUUCAAGGUGUUGUCAGUGGCAAAACCCUUGUCGAUUCAGGCGCAUCCGGAUAAGGAAUCGGCAAAGAAAUUGCAUAAAGCUCGUCCGGAUCUGUAUAAGGAUGAUAAUCACAAACCCGAGAUGGCAUUGGCCAUUACCGAGUUCGAGGCCCUAUGUGGAUUUAUACCUCUUCAGGAGCUUAAGGGUGUCCUUCGUGACGUUCCAGAGAUCGAAGAACUGGUCGGGACUGAAGAAGCAAACCAAGUCCUAUCCAUCAGCGAACAACAUACGGAGGAAGUGAAGUCUGUUCUUCAAACAAUCUUUACCCUGUUAAUGUCUGCAGGUGCUGAUUCGACAAAGGAAAUCAUAUCGAAAAUGAAACAACGUCUGUGUAUGGAGAGUAAGGAACGGCAACUGACAGAUAAGGAACGGCUAGUUUUGAGAUUAGAGAAGCAAUAUCCAGAUGAUAUUGGGGUCAUAUCUGCAUUCUUCUUUAACUAUGUCAAGCUUAAUCCCGGUGAAGCCUUGUACCUCGGGGCAAACGAGCCCCAUGCAUACUUAUCGGGUGAGAGCAUUGAAAUCAUGGCAACUUCGGACAAUGUCGUACGAGCUGGUCUCACUUCCAAACUCCGGGAUAUCCAAACGCUUUGCUCCAUGCUCACGUAUAAGCAGGGCUUCCCAGAAAUCUUAAAGGGAUCGAAUGUUGGUGCAUACAUCACUAGAUACCUCCCUCCGUUUGAUGAAUUCGAGAUUGAUCUGUGUGAUCUUCCCCAGGGAGAAUCAACCGUGUUUUCAUGCGUUUCAGGCCCUUCCCUUGUGCUUGUAGUGCAGGGCGAAGGAAAAUUGUCUGCAGGAGCUUCAACCGACGACAUUGUUGCCGGAGAUGUCCUGUUUGCGCCUGCAGAUACUGAGAUUCACUUAGAAAGUUCAUCUGAUCUGAAGCUGUAUAGAGCAGGAGUCAACAGUAGGUUUUUGUACUCAUAGUUGGAAAUAACUAUAUCUAAGCACCCAUUUGUUAUUCUUGUCUUCUGUUUCCUAUAAGCAAAUAAGCGACUGUAAGAAGUUUUGUUGUGAACAAUGCAAGAUUUCUUCUCUCAA